CCGCGUCCGGUCACCGCGUCCCCCCCCGCCCCCCGCCUCGGCCGCAUCAUGGCCCUGAAGGCCGAGGGCGCCGCGCUCGACUGCUUCGAGGUGACGCUCAAAUGCGAGGAAGGGGAGGACGAGGAAGAGGCCGUGGUGGUGGCCGUGAUUCCACGGCCCGAGCCGAUGCUCAGAGUGGCCCAGCAGGAGAAGACCCCACCGCCUAGGCCCAACCUGCUGGAGGCAGGCAGCGAUGGCUGUGAGGAGCCCAAGCAGCAGGUGUCUUGGGAGCAGGAGUUCCUUGUGGGAAACAGCCCCGGAGGCAGCGGGCGGGCACUGUGCAUGGUGUGUGGGUCCGAAAUCCGGUCCCCCUCUGCCGACACGGCGCGCAUGCAUAUCCUGGAGCAGCAUCCUCACACCCUGGACCUGAGCCCUUCAGAGAAAAGCAACAUCCUGGAGGCCUGGAGUGAGGGAGUGGCCCUUUUGCAAGACAUCAGAGCUGAGCAGCCUUCCUCGCCCACCUCAGACUCAGGCCAGGAUGUCGAAGCUGACCCGGACUCUGACCCAGACCCUGCCAAAAUGCCAGCAGAGAUCGUUGUUCUCCUCGACUCUGAGGACAACCCAUCUCUCCCGAAAAGGAGCCGGCCCAGGGGACUCCGCCCCCUCGAGCUUCCUGCUGCCCCUGCCUCAGAGGCAGGAAAUAGGAAGCCCCGUGGUCAGAGAUGGAAGGAGCCCCCUGGAGAAGAACCGGUCAGAAAGAAAAGAGGCAGACCCAUGACCAAAAACUUGGACCUGGACCCAGACCCUGACCCAGACCCCCCAUCACCUGACUCACCCACGGAGACUUUUGCUGCUCCUGCUGAGGUCCGUCACUUCACCGACGGCAGCUUCCCCCCGGGCUUCGUCCUCCAGCUCUUCUCUCACACACAGCUCAGGGCCUCAGACAGCAAGGACUCACCCAGAGAAGGGGUUGCUGCAGGAGGCCUUCCCCAGCCAGAAAGCCCCUCUCCAGGCGUCAGCUCUUCACGUAGAUCACGGUCUUAACUGUCUCAAGUUUCAGCUUGAGCCACAUUCCAGUCCUGCCUCCCCGAGACUGUGUGCUCUGCUUGGACUUGAGCGUUCCCUGAGCUUCCUCGUUCUCUUCGGUGGAUCACUGCUUUAAAUGGCUCACUGCUUCCACUGUUUAAUGGGUCUUCUGGUUUCAUUCUCGAAAGGGAGCCUUCAUUUUGAAACCUGGGAUACCCUGUGCCCCAAUUCACCUGUCUGGAGUGGUGAGUAGCUGAGAAGGGAGUCCCUGAGACCUCACAUUCCUUUGGGGUACGUGGGCAAAGUCUGAGGCCUUGGGAUACAUGAAUAUAAUUGACAUGAGAGGGUUUUUCUCAGCAGGUGGCAGAAUCUAGGGAGGUUGGAGGUGGCGGGAACACACAGUGGACGCUGUGUAAGUGUUCCUGCCUGUAGCCAGGCUGGGCCCUCAGGGGAGCACUAUGGAAAAUAACAUGAGUGAGGACAGAGUUUCUCUGUCCCCAAGAAAUUUACUGUCUGUUUGAAGGUACAGGUUGGAGGAGUGACGCAGCCACUGUAGUUCUGUGCGGAGCAAAGGCUUCCAGAGCGGUGGCCACAGACUGUUUGGGGAUCCCAAAGCUUGGGCAGAUUUCUCAAAACCCUGUGAGGCUUCAACCAGAAUAUCUUCAUGUUGAGUUGCUUUUUGUAUUGAAGUUCUUAAAAGAUUUUGAGUAAAGAUUCUAAUUCUAUCAGUUUAAAAAGGUUUAAAAGUCAAGGAUUUAGAAAUUGGUGAGGUCACUACGGUGAGGUCAGCUGAGCUGAUGGAUCACAGUGUGAAGCAGAGGAGACUUUCUGGAGCUUUCCAAAGGGCUUUGCAGGAAGAGGGAGGGGAAGUGUCCAAGCCAGAGAGAAGGGAAGCCUUGAGGACCCCACUCACAAAUUGUAAGGAAAAGCCUCUUUGUCUUGCUAGUAUUUGAUUUGAGUAAGAUCUAGAGACCUGGCUUUUAAGAUACCUCGGCCAGGUCCAGUAUGUUUCCAGGCUGGACCAAGGAAAAGGUGUGGUGUGUGUGUGUGUGUGUGUGUGUGUGCGCGCGCGCACGUGUAUGCAUGCGGGCACCUGUGCACAUGAGUGUGAGCAUGUGUGAAUUUCACAAGGGACAGGGUCUUUGUUCUAUUCGCUGCUAUAUCCUCGGUACUUGGUAUCAUACCUGGCACAAAGAAAGCUCUCAGUAAAGAUUUAUUGAAAUAGUGGGUAGUGGCUGCCUUCACCGUCAUUUGGUGGUAACAUUUUCAGAGUCCCCGAGCAGAAACAAGCCUUAAUGAGAAACAGGAGAAAAGGACUCAGGCCUACCCUCUGGAGAAGGUGUGUUCGUGGACACACACAUGCACAAAUGUAGAGGAGAGAGGAACAGAGCUUGGGAAGCAGAGGGGUUUGGGCUUCCCAGGAGGGAGGAGGGCCAGCCCUGGGUUUGGAGUGCAGAUGGGGCUCAGCUUGUCCCUGGGCUGAUAGGUUCUUCUGGCUUGCUCUUUCAUGGCCCUGGGCUUUGAUCAUGCAUGCUUUCUGGAAGGGCAUCACAAGUCAGGCCUCACUCUCCUGAGGCUCCCUUCCACACCCACCCUCACCUCUGCCCUCUAUGCUACCAGAAGGAACUGGUACUUAAUCCUGUUGCUUUGAGAAGUCCUGAAGUUCAUGAGCUCUUACCAUGUGCCAAACUCUUAACAUCUUUGUGUAAUCUGUCUCCUUAAAUUCCCACAACCACCAUACACAGUAUUUGGGGAAGAGGACACAGCCUUGGGGAGGCAAGGCACUCUCAGGGCCCCUCACCUAGUAAGCGACAGCAUGUGUGCAUUUCCACCUGUGUCCUUCUCCUCUGCAGCAUCCAAGCCACAUCCUCUGCCUUCUCAUUGCUGCUGGAGCUAAACCCCGCUAGCAAAGCUUGGCCCCCUGGGCCUCUCACUAGACCCCAGCUGUCUGCCUUGCUAGCCACCAUUUCCUCUGUCCUCUGCUCUCUGUCCACCGUCCAGUUUUCCCUCUCCUGUAGAUUGCAUCCGGCAGCCGAUGCAAGCUGAGAUUUCCCCCUUGCCUCCUCAUCCCUCGCUAGCCACUGUCCCAUUUGUCGCCAAACUUUUUCAGCAAGGCUGGGGACUAUUUUCUGCACUAACCAACCCUCGUCUCUCUGGGAGCCGCUUCAGCCCUGUUCCCAUCUUCCAGCCUCAUGCUGACGUGGCUUUUCCAGCAAGGUCACCAUUGACUUGUCUAAAAUGAGAAUCCAGUGGUCGAUUCUCAGUCCAUGCCCUUCCCGAUGUGACAAAACAGUGACCCCAGCCCUCGGCCUUUCCCAGAGCCACUUGCCAUCUGUGGGCUUCCCAGGCAACCUUCUGGGUUUUCCUCUAGCCUCACUGGCUGUUCCACUUCUGCUCUUUCACACAUGGCUCCCUGAGUCGGAUCUGCUGAUUAUCUUUCCUCCUUUUUUUUGAA